AAUUCCUGUAUGGAUGGAAAGCAGACGACACAGAACAUUUCAACAAUUCUCACAGAAGUUAACACGUUACUGUCUCGAUCAAUGGGUAUGAAGGCUGUGCUCUGUUGCUCUCUUAUCCCAUUGACAAAUAUGACACUAGUAGAAUGGGCAAUAACCCUCAAAGACAAGCCUGUCUGCAAACUCUCCUAUAGGGGAGACACAAAGGAGACCAGGAAAACCAAUUGUACUGAUGAGAGAAUAACCUUCAGACCUGAUCAGAGUCCCGACCUUCAAAUUGAUCCAGUGGCCAUCACCCAUGAAGGGUAUUACGAGUGUAUAAUGGCAGCAUCUGAUGGGAAUUUCCAUCGUAGGUAUCACCUCCAAGUGUUAGUGCCUCCUGAAAUGACCCUGUUUCUACACAAGAAUAGAACUGCGGUGUGCAAGGCAGUUGCAGGCAGGCCAGCUGCAUGGAUCUCCUGGAGCCCAGAAGGGGAUUGUGUCACUGAGCAAGAAUAUUGGGGCAAUGGCACAGUGACUGUCUGGAGUUCAUGCCGCUGGUCAGACAGCAAUGUGUCUGCUGUGACCUGCUCUGUCCUUCAUUUGACUGGCAACAAGAGUCUGUUCAUAGAGUUGCUUCCUGGUCAUAGAAUCCAAGGAUAUCCAGCAUCACCUUUACUAAUCAUUCUGUAUGUGAAACUCUUUCUUUUAAUGGUCAUUCUGGUUAUUUUGGGAUUCGUUUUAUUCCAGAGGAUAAGUACAGGUGGGCAAGUGCACCUGCUGCGUCAUGCCUGGAGCACUUGUCCAAACCCCAGCUGCCAGAGGAACCGGCAAGGCCAUGGAGAGAUCUUCAACAAUAAGAAUUUUCUGGACCGGGAGAUGGUCAGUGCUUCGCCCCAUCAGGUCACAUCAGCAGCCUUCAGCUCCUUCCUUCAGGGCCCCAAGCCACUGCAGGCCUAUCCUUCCCUCAGUAGUUCUCCGCCUUUUGUCCUGGGCUGA